UCGUAAUUUGCAGGCAAAAAGUUGUCCAAUUUCCACGCCAAACGGGGAUGUCAUUCCGUUGCAACUGGGAAGAAUCAGACGCAAUCACAAAAAACUUCUUUCAACUCAAUGAUUCAGUGUCCAGGAAUUUUUUUAAUGGAAGUAAAAAUAGAUUAAUCUUGUUUAAGGCUAUCUUUGAUUUUGUCGAUUAAGUGUAUUACGUAAGGAUUAUAUCCCUGGCGGGCUGUUUCCACGCCAACAGAGAGUUCUUUGUUGUCUUUCUUUUUUUGAACGGGUUCACUGCUACACCGUUGAUUGUGAACACAACUCGCAAUCACUAACAAACGUUGGAUGCAAUUUUUUUCUUAAUCUUUACGUUCAGCGAUGUGUGCAAGUGUUUUCUCCGACACAGUUUUAUCUCUGACUAGUGAAAGAUAAAAGUAAACUCGAACCAGCAACUUAGCAGCUCCCAAGAAACAGAGUGAAUGUCGUCGGAUCGCUGUCACCAUUUCAGGUAGUAAAAAGCAAUUAUUAUGACGUAACAUCAACGUCAACCAUUUGCUACGUCUUUGUUAGAGGUUUCACUUUUUUGGUUUUAGUUUAGACGCUAAGGGGCGUCCCUGAUCUCGUUGAGACAACGUUUGAUCAUCAGUUUUCGCUUGAAUUUUGAUACUAACUUCCUACUUGUUUUGUUUUACCCUCUUAGAUUUUUAUUUAGAAAAAAACAAUGGUCCGUAGUGGCUGACUUGUUUAAAGUAUUGAUCAAGAAAAUCCCACUAUACCUGCCAAUUCCGUGAGUUGAUCUAUAGUUAGUAACUGAAAUGUUUAUACCGAAAUGUCCACCUGGAGGUGUUCAGACAUUGCAUUCUCAUCCGCAGAUUUCCUUAGAAAUAGGUUACUGUAUGCGGACGGAAAAACUGGUCAGGCAUUUGGUCCAAGCUACUACGCAUGCUUAAAGAAAAAGCUUGUGUGAGCAACAGUGGCCCAAAAAUUCUAGUGUUGAUAGCCAAUAUAAAGGCUGUGUUGAGUGCCAUUAACCUGAAAUUUUCGACCGCACAGCAAUCCGCACUCGACAAGUUUCUUUGACACAUUACAGAAAAUUAAAUGUACCCUUUCAUUUUUUCAUUUUCAAGGUUAAACUUCCUCGUUCCUUGAACUGGGAGACUCGAAAACAAAACUUCUUUGAUUUCAGUGUACCCUAAAUCAACUCUCCAGAAUGUACGGAAUAAUUUUCGUGACUAUAGGAUCCAUCGUUCAGGCAGAAUAUGGAACCGAUCUAUGGUUCUCGCUUCUAGAAAAAGUAGGCUAUCGAAACAUCGUUUUCUGCACGCAUAGUGUGUAUCCAGAUGAUUUGGUUGCAAACCUAGCGAAGGCUGCCGUAACUGAAAUCGGCAACGGUUUGACGUUAAAUGAUGUUCUUAUGUACUUCGGUCGCUGUUUCAUCCGCGCAGCUGGAACUUUUGGAUAUGAAAAAUUCAUCAAAAGAUGUGGGCGAUUCUUUUGCGACUUUCUUUCUGGAAUCGAUAGUGUUCACCUGCAUAUGAAAUACACCUACCCAAAAAUGGAUAAUCCCUUUAUAUACGUUCUGGAAGAAGACGAGAAUGGCGUGGUCAUACAUUACAGGACUUCUCGGAGCGGAUUUCCUCCUUUCCUCUUCGGCAUAUUAGAUCAGGUCGCCAAAGAUAUUUACGACCUUCGUAUUUCUACGCCCCUGCUUCCAGAAAAACCAAAUGAAAACAAUGAAGAAGGCCUUAAAUAUCGAAUUCGGAUCAAUUUUGACAAUCGGAAUUACAUGGCUUGCAAGGCCAUGCAAAAUGGUGCGAUUGCACUGGAGCGGAAAGGAAAUUUCCUCGGCAACCUAAAGUGCAACAAGCAACAAAAACCUUUGAUUGAACUAUCGAACGGCAUUUUAUUGCAGCUGUUUCCCUUCAGUCUGAUUUUUCGUUCAGAUCUCAAGAUAAUCUCUGUUGGUUAUCAGCUGAAGCAAUUGUUUUCACGUCGCAAGUUGAUCGGACACUCCCUACUUGAAGUUGCAACACUGCGACGUCCCAGGUUAAAUCUAAGCUGGGAAAACUUGGUCACUCUUCAGCGCGUUGCGUGUGAACUUGAAAUUAUGCUGGUUACCCAAAACAAUGACGAAAAUUCAUUGUCGAAGGUUUCCAGGACAAUGUCACCCAGAUCAAAAAGGGCGGAACCUAAUUAUCUUUUACUUCGUGGCGAAAUGCGACAUGUUAAAGACUGGCAAGCCAUCAUAUAUCUCUGCAAUCCACUAAUUGACAACAUCGACGACUUGUCCGAGCUGGGCCUCACGCUUAGCGAUCUCAGUUUACACGGACAUGGUCGUGAAAUGGUCAUGACAGGACAACAACACACGUCUAGAUUGGAAGAUUUGUACGAACGUGCUGAAGAGAAGGCAAAUCAAUUGCAAGUAACUCACGAACUUCUCGACGAGUGGAAAAUGCAAGGGGACGAACUGCUCUAUUCUAUGAUUCCUCAAUCAAUUGCCGAAAGCCUGCGGAGAGGCCAGAAACCGAUUGACACCUGUGAGGCUUUUGAAUGUGUAACUAUCUCGUUUGUCGAAAUGACGAAUAUGGACGAUCUAAUGACUAAAAGUGCGCUAGAGGCUGUCAAUUUUAUGAAUGCCGUUUUCUCUGCACUGGACAAUGUUAUUGAUCAGCACAACGUUUACAAGGUGGAGACAAUAGGGAAUGUAUAUAUGGUAGUUGGAGGUGCUCCAACCAAAAACGAAACGCACAUUAAAGACGUUUGUAUGGUGGCCCUUGGCUUCUGUGACGCGAUGGAUGAGUUGUCCAUGAAUAACGACACCGGUGUCCAGAUUCGUAUAGGAGUUCAUUCUGGUCCUGCGGUUGCUGGAGUCUUGGGCAGAAAAAUGCCUCGCUAUUGUUUCUUUGGCGACACUGUCAACACUGCAGCUCGCAUGCAAUCCACCAGUUUGCCUGGCAAAAUUCAAAUUUCGCGCGUAGCUUACAACCUUUUGCAAUGCUUUGAUGGAUUCAUCUGUGAACCGCGUGGAAUCGUGAUGGUUAAGGGCAAAGGCGAAAUGGAAACUCAUUGGCUUUUACGAUACCAACCGCUUCGGAAGAAAUCGUCCCUUGACGACGAAGAAUCGGAUUUUCUAUAACACAGCAGCUGGAAACAAUUAAAUACACUCUUACUACUUGUUCCUCGGUCAUUCUGGAAUUAACUAACACAUGAUGAGAACCUAUACAUUAUGUGCCUCUCGAUCUCCGUAGUGUUAUGAGUUAACGAAUGUGUGAUGUAUCGUCCCUUAUCCUUUUUUGCCAAAUAAAUCUUCAUGAACCCAAAUUGAAACGCGAUUUCACACGACAUAGGUUGGUUUCCGGAAGACCCCAGCAGCC